AUGCAGGUAUUGUCCAUAACUACAUGUGGUAGUUAUUGAAGAUGAACCAUUUAUUUAUUGUGGUCAUAAAGUUGCCACCUCAACGCACUUUUUUUUUUCUUUUUUUAAUUUUAUUUUAUGGUGAUCAAAAUAUAUUUUAUUGAGAUAAAAAGAUCCUCGAUUUAUACAUUUCAUUGAGUAUAUAAAAUGUAAAAUUGCUAGCUAUUAUCUAGCUACCGAGGAUUAGUGACAACUGAAAAGAAAUUAUGUAAAUACGUUGUUUAUAUAUUUGUCAAAUUUUAUGGGCAUUAAUUUUACUCUAUCUUCUAAUAAAACACACAAAGUAUUUUUCAUUUCUUUUGUCAAAAUCAACACUUUCAUCUUCUCUUAACAUAAUUUAAUCUUAAUUUGAAAUUUGAAUGGUUAGCUCUUUCAAAACACUAUACUUAAGAGAAAGGCAUACAAAUACAAUGAUACAAAUAUUCUACAACUAAAACCUUUGAACACAAUCAAGAAAAGAAAGAAAAACAAAAAUGGCGCUUAUUCUAAAACCCAGUCUCACCUUUCCUUCUUCUUCCACCACCCAAUUUCCAACCUUGUUCAAACCCCAAAAAUCACCAUUUUUAAAACUUCCAAAUGCAUUAACCUGCUCCAAUUCUUACAUCCCACCCAACAAGUUUAAGCGGCCAUAUACGAGUGUGAUGAUUGUGCCAACGGGAGUCGGAGCUGCCAUUGGUGGUUACGCCGGUGAUGCUUUACCGGUGGCGCGUGCGCUUGCGUCUGUUGUUGAUUGCCUCAUCUCUCAUCCUAAUGUUCUAAAUGCAGCCAUGCUUUACUGGCCCGUUCCAAAUAUAUUAUAUGUGGAAGGUUAUGCUCUGGACCAGUUUGCUGAAGGCUUAUGGGCGCUUGAGCCAGUUCACCAAAAUAAGGUUGGACUAGUUUUGGAUGCUGGCAUAGAAAUGGAGCUCCGUAUGCGCCAUUUGCAAGUUGCUGAUGCUGCAAGAGCUUCCCUUGGAUUGCCUGUUCUAGAAUACGUUGUCACAGACAAGCCUCUUGAGGUAGAAAAGUGGAUUGAUCCAAAGACUGGGCAGUCAACUGGGAGGGUAAAGCAUCCUGACUCACUGCUACGAGCUGUACGGAGUUUGGUAGAUCGAUCACAAGUGAACGCUGUUGCUGUUGUUGGCCGCUUUCCUGAUGAAGAUGAAGACAGCAUGCAUGAUUAUCGUCAAGGAAUUGGAGUUGAUACCUUGGCCGGAGUAGAGGCUAUUAUAAGUCAUCUAGUUGUGAAAGAAUUUCAAAUUCCUUGCGCACAUGCUCCAGCUCUACUACCUGUUCCAUUAAACCAAUCACUUUCUCCCAAAUCAGCUGCUGAAGAGAUUGGAUACACAUUCUUGCCAUGUGUGCUCGCCGGGCUUAGUAAUGCUCCACAGUAUGUGGUUACUGGCUCAGAUGUAAUGGAGAAAGGCUGCAUUUUUGCAAAUGAUGUUGAUAGCGUCAUCCUUCCCAUAGAUGCUUGUGCCGGAAGUGGUGUUCUUUCUUUUGCAAGAAAGAAAAGAAACAAGCCUCUAAUAGUUGCUGUCGAAGAGAAUACAACUGUUCUCAGCGACACACCUGACAGUCUUCAAAUUGAAACGGUGAAUGUUUCAAGCUACUGGGAAGCUAUAGGAGUUGUUGCAGCUCACAAGGCAGGAAUUGAUCCGUACUCUCUUCGAAAAAACAGAAUUAACAACAUUCCUUGCAGAUCAUCCUGGUCACUGAAUGGUUCAGUUGUCCAUGCUUGAUCAAUUUCCAUCUCUCAGUCUCUCUGCUGCUGUCUUACUCACCCCUGCUCUCCUUUCCCUCUAAAGGAUUGUGACCUUGGUGUUUGCCAUCAUUGAAGCCCUUACCAGAUAGCAAAAAUGAGGUGCUUCAAGCUUGCACCCUGAGAUGCUUACCGCUGGUGGUAGCAUGGCAAGCAUUGGGAGUGACAAACCAAGGAGUCAAGGACUAAUUAUACUACAUGGCUAUGCUGGUCAAAGUCCUUUUCAGAUGCGGCAUUUUGUUGAAAAAAAGCAAGUGCUCAUCAUCUUAAUAUGUACACCACUAUAUUUUGUAUUAGCAUUGAUGAUGUGUUUUUUGUCUGCCAAUUUCUUUCUUGGUCAAUGCUUGUAUAGUAUUAGGUUGAUUCUGCCCUGCAUACUUGGGUAUUGAAUUGCUUCCAGCAUUGCUCAGCAAUCUGGGCAAUGUCAAGGCAUUUAAUCGCAAUGCACAUAAUUGUGAACUUUGUUCAUUUUCAAAUACUCUUCCAUUCAUAUAGCCUGAUCAAUGA